UUGGUUCAGCGCCUGACGUCCUGACCCUCUCCUUUCUGCAAUUCAAGGGAAAGACAAGAUCUUGCACAAGGCACCCUGAAUCUGCUCUCUGCAAGGGAAGGGCGACAUGGAGCCUCUCUGGCUGCUCAUCCUGCUCUCUGUCCCAGUGUUGUCUCCAGCCCACAACACCACGGUGUUCCAGGGCAUGGCAGGCCAGUCCCUGCGGGUCUCCUGCCCCUACAACUCCUUGAAGCACUGGGGGAGACGCAAAGCCUGGUGCCGCCAGCUGGGUGAAGGGGACCAAUGCCAGCGGGUGGUCAGCACCCACAGCUCAUGGCUGCUGUCCUUUGUGAAGAGGCGGAAUGGGAGCACGGCCAUCGCAGACGACACCCUGGGUGGCACCCUUACCAUUACACUGAAGAAUCUUCAAGCUCACGAUGCUGGCCUCUACCAGUGUCAGAGUCUCCAUGGCAGUGAGGCUGACACCCUCAGGAAAGUCCUAGUGGAGGUAUUGGCCGACCCCCUUGAUCACCAGGACCCUGGUGAGCUCUGGAUCCCCAAGGAUGCCCAGGUGGAGCACAGCAUCUCCAGGAGCCUCUCAGAAGAGGAGAUCCCCUUUCCAUACACUUCCAUCCUUUUCCUCCUGGCCUGCAUCUUUCUCAUCAAACUUCUAGCAGCCAGUGCCCUCUGGGCUGCGGCCUGGCAUGGGCAGAAAUGGGGGACAUCCCCAGCCAGGGGGCCUGACUGCGGCCAUGACCCAGGCCACCAGCUCCAGACUCUGACAGUGUGUUGCAGGGCUGAGAGACACCUGAGAGGAGAGGACCCCACGUGGGACAGCAGGCCCUGAGAGGUCUGCACACUUGCCCUUCAGCCACCAAGACUCCUGGUUCUGCUCUGGCAAAUCACCACUUUGCCUGUGCUCUACUUCCCCUGGCCCCAGGUGUGUGUGUGCGCACUCGUGUGGCACAUGUGCCUUGGAGGUGGAAAGACCAUCUACCCACUUCUAGACAUUAGACAUCAAGCAUUUUCACAAAUAAAUCUGAGACUGCAUGUUUAACUGGAUUGUUUUGGGGCAUCAGGAAGCUCUUCUCUUUUGCUUCAGUGCCAGGAGAAUAAAUUUUGAUGAGCAAAAA